AUGAGGGAGCUCCGCAACAUUGUCUAUGCUCACGUUCUCGAAACGGACGAGGCUAUCCUCAUGGCACCCUACCUCAAGAACGGAGUUUUACACCAGCGUCUAAUCAUCGACGAUCCUCCCAAAAAGCUACGUAUGGAUCUAAACCAAAUGAAAUUCGUCUGCAAACAACUCCACGAAGAAACAUCAGCUCUACCACCAACCCUUUGUCCAGAACUAAUCUUCCCUCUCCGCAAAGACACGCCCGAAUCCGCUUCCAGCAUAUGUGCAGAGUACAUUGCCAGCGCCAGACCCGAACAGCUCAACGGCAUCCACCGCAUCCACAUCCACGAGCGCAUCGCAUACAGACAAUGUCCUUUCUCGCCGCACCUCUUCGACCCCUGCAUGGCCCAACUCGUCACAUUCGCCACCCACCACCCUUCCACCUCGAUCCAGACAUUCCUCCACGCCGUAGACCCGAAGAUCUCCAACGACACAUCCAAAUUCCCGAUCGCAGGCUUCUCCUACGAGAUAGCUCGGAAACGGGUCGACGACGGAUACUACAGCGCUUGGUACAAUAUCGACAGGGCUCUGGACGAGAUGGCGGAGACAUGGUCGGACCAUGCGUUUGAACCGCAGCCGUUUCCGGGGAAUUUCGUGUUUAGGUUGGGAUGUGGGCAGAACAACCUUCUGCACUAA